AUGGACGGGUGGGGCGAGGUAGCGAAUAUACCCAUAGUAAACACUCCCAACAAUGCGUUUAUCGAAGAUGAUUCACAGCCCACAAUCACUAGCACAAAGUUUGACUCUGUUCAGAAUUUGAUUUGGUGUGGUGAUUCGAAAGGAUUUGUACAAUCAGUUAUUCUUGGUCAACCCACGUCACCGUAUCAUACUCCCUUGUACCCAUAUACCAAGUUUCAAGCAAGCACCAUCAAUCAACCAAUUCUACAAAUAUUAUCACACAAGGGUGGCAUCUUGUCAUUGCUGCGAGAUCAACUUUUGUUUAAUAACCGACGAGGACUUCCAAAAGCUGGCUUUGAUGGGUCCUCUUUCAGUGGUAGUGACGAUUUCACGAACUUAAACUCAAUGAUAUUCAAUGGAAACUCAUCAAGUGAACUAGCCGUGGGUACCGAUUCAGGCUUGCUAAAAUUUGAUUUGAAUAAACCGACGGUGCUAGACAAGUUAAACUAUGAGGGGAAAGUCAGUCUUUUGAACAGCACUCCCAAGUACCUUACUAUUGCAGGGGGUAAUGGAUCACUUAAUCUAUUUGAUACAUCAUCCAAUUCAACAUUGAAAGCAUUUGCUGCACAUAAUGGAAUCAUCACUGGGUUGGACAUAAAGGGAAAUUACAUUGCCACAUGUGGCUCAUCAGUAAGACCAAGAAGAAAUUUUUACAACCAGUCAGCAUCGGAUUACAUCGUCGAUCCCUUGGUAAAUAUCUACGACAUUCGAACAAUGCGUGCAGUUGCGCCUGUGGCAUUCCCUGCUGGUGCUUCUUCGGUCAGAUUCCAUCCUAAGUUACCAAACAUUGUUAUUGUUGCAUCUGUCCAUGGUCAAGUACACUUUAUUGACCUUUUCGAUCAAACUAAUGUACACAUGUACCAAGCAGACGUUGAAUCAACAAUUCCUCCACAAAUUGCCACUGUCAAAGCAGCUAAGUUGUGCGAUUUGAACAUCAGUGAUUCAGGAGAUUUUCUUAUGUUUAAUGAUGGCAUUUCAAACUUGCAUUUGUGGACAAUGACAAAUUUAGGAACAAUGAAUAAAGAUUUUGUGAAUUUCCCUCAAAGUAUCGAACGUCCGGAUGUGAUUAAUGACAAUGAUGGACUUAUUGGCAUUGAUGAGGUUGUUCCAUUAUCCACGGUGGGAAUGCCUUACUACAAAGAGCUGCUUUUGUCGAAUUGGCCAAUUGAUAUGAAGUUUGUUAAAGAAACAGCAAGGUUACCAGACCGCAUUGACGAGGAAUUGCUUGCCAGGGCUGAAAAAUCACCAAGACAAUUUCUUGAGUAUGACACACUAAGGUAUGGACCAGCAAAUGUUGUACAACCAUAUUACUCAUUAAGCAAUGUCAAAGAUACACAAAUACCCAAAUUUCUUAGUGAACAGAGUAAUGGGGGUGACUCCAGCAAGUUGUCACCACUUGAUGACGCAUUUUUCAAAUCUGAAUCUGACCUGAAGAUCCCUAAAUGUUAUUCGCGAUUGCAAAUUCAGUAUUCAAAAUUUGGUGUAAAAGAUUUUGAUUUUGGCUAUUAUAAUCGAACUGAAAGCUAUUGUGGGUUGGAGAAUCAUAGUGAUAAUUCGUACAUCAAUUCGUUAUUGCAGGUUUACCGCUUCCAGUCUCUAUUCUACAACCAGGUGGUCAACACAUUGAACAAUGAAUGGCUUCCCAAUGACGCCAAGACAAUAAUCGAUGAAGAUAACCCUCAAGGAUCAUCGAUUUUGAACGAGUUGGGUUACCUAUUCGAUAUGAUGCACAAGGCGAAAUCUCGCAAUGUCAAGACACUAAAUUUCAGCUCAGUGAUGAACCAUGACAAACAGGCCAAGGGAUUAGUCAAUUUGAACGAGCUAAUGAAUUUGAAUGCUCACGAAGUUCGGGAGUUGAUUAUUGCAUUCAAUAAUUAUUUAUUGACUCGAUUGGACCAUGACUUCAGACGCCAAUACUCAUCUGAUUUUAGCAUUACUGAAUUGAAUUACCAGAUUGAAAUUAAAGGCUCGGGCCCUUCAUGUCCCAUCUUUGACAAACAGGCAGGGUCAUUGUUCUCCUUGGAACUUAUAACCCCACCUAGCAACAUGUUGAACAAGAUGAGCAUUCUCAUUAACCCUCAAGCGAACAAUUCACAACAUCAACAAGAUAUCAACUUAUCCAAUAUCCGUAAAAACAUCAAUAUUUUGACAUACUUGGACUAUUCAAUGAACCAAUUCAAGACUAUACCCUGCGAACAACAUCAACAUGCAUACCCGCAUUCACUAGAGAUUAGAACAGGUAUUACCAAGCUCCCACCCGUUCUUGUUCUUAAUGUCAACUUGACAAAUGAAGAAUUCAAAAUCAUAAAUAAUCUAAAGCAAUGGUUGGUACCGGAAUUUUAUGCCGUCAAACCCAGCAAUACUCCCGGUUUUACUUUUAAACCCACAAUGCCAGUCUCCAGCGCCUACACGAAAUACGAACUAUUGGGGUAUGUUUGUGAAAUCAGCCAUCAAAGUGAUUUAUCAAGGACGGGUGCUCAUAAUCUAGUUUCGUUUGUCAAAGUCAAUAACGAAUGGAUAUUUUUUAACGACUAUUUGGUGACACCAGUCCCAGAAGACGAGGUGUUUAAUCUAAAUGCACCUUGGAAAAAACCCGUCAUUGUCAUUUAUCAAGAAUCAACAAUGCCCGAAUUUGAUUACUUGAACCAUUUCAGUGGGAACGAUUCCAUAUUAUAUCGUGAUCAUUUUGCUGGUGCAAUUAGAGAAUCAUACAAAUACGAAUACCAUUUGCUUACUCGUGAUGAAGCUCCAGAGGUUGGAACUAUGGUUGCCAUCGAUGCAGAAUUUGUCACGAUGAAACCGGAACAAGUGGAGAUCAGUUUGACUGGAGCAAAGAAAUUGAUCAAGCCACGAGAAUUGUCAUUGGCAAGAGUCUCGGUGCUACGUGGUGAAAAUGGCAAUCCGCUUUACUGUGAGGCUUUCAUUGAUGACUAUAUUGUCCAUACUGAGCCCAUAUAUGACUACACCACCAAUUUCAGUGGAAUUGAACAAGACGAUUUGGAUUUCUACAAGUCAUCGAAAAACCUAGUCACUUUGCAAACGUCGUAUCGCAAACUAUGGCUCCUUUUGAAUUUGGGAGUCAUAUUUAUUGGUCAUGGACUUUAUACCGAUUUCCGAACGAUAAACUUACAAGUACCUCAACGACAAAUACGCGAUACCGCCGAUUUGUAUUAUAAGCCCGAUAUGAAGCGCCAAUUGAGUCUUAAGUUCUUGGCAUAUGUGAUGUUGAAGCAGGAUGUGCAAACUGGCAACCAUGAUUCAAUCGAAGAUGCAAGGACGGCAUUGUUGUUGUAUAAGCGAUACGUUGAGUUGCUGCUGAGGGGCGAAUUUGAAUCAAUGUUGAAUCAUGUGUAUGCACAAGGCAAUAAGUUGAGAUUUAGAGUACCUGAUAAAGUAAACAAUUAG